GUGUGAACUUUCAAAACCAGACAAUUCAUUUCACAGUCAGCAGUCAUUGGUUAUAGAUUGACAAACAAUCUUUGGUAUGUUGAUUAAAGUCCUUGCCAAGAUGAUAAGUAGGCUUGCUGUCAAAUAAUUUCCCCUUUCCUUGAACAGCUUGACCCUGCUUUGGAUGGAAAUGGGGAGCAUCUCAGAAGGGCCGGCUCAGUUCAAGAAAGCCCUUGGGUGGGGCAGAAGAGAAGAGAAAAUGAUGCUGGUAUGAGAAGGACCUUUGAAAAUGCGCUCUUACCCAUCCAGAUAGCAUGCGAAUGUACUUGGACCGCGUUCUUCCAGAAAAGAUUCUAGUAAGCCAGGUUUGAGAAAAAGCGUGCCAAGGAUGGGGAAAACCCGCAAAAGGCAGCAGAUGGGAAUCAUGCAGGGCCAGCCGCAUCCCAAGAACAGAAGGGUUUUGAUAUGAUCUACUCAAUUGAAGACGUGCCGCCAUGGUAUCUCUGUAUCCUACUGGGAUUUCAGCAUUAUUUGACAUGUUUCAGCGGCACCAUAGCAGUUCCCUUCCUCCUGGCAGAAUCCUUGUGUGUAGGAAAGGACCAGUAUACCAUCAGCCAGCUCAUUGGCACCAUCUUUAGCUGCGUGGGAAUCACUACUCUCAUCCAAACCACGGUGGGAAUCAGACUUCCUCUGUUCCAAGCCAGUGCAUUAGCAUUCCUGGUUCCUGCGAAAUCAGUCCUGGCCCUCGAAAAAUGGAAAUGUCCCCCUGAAGAGGAGAUCUAUGGAAACUGGACGUUGCCCCUGCAAACUUCUCACAUCUGGCAGCCAAGGAUGAGAGAGAUCCAAGGAGCAAUCAUAGUUUCUAGUUUGGUGGAAGUGGUCAUUGGACUGGUGGGCCUCCCUGGGGCGCUGCUUGGCUACAUUGGGCCCCUCACAGUCACACCCACCGUCUCCUUAAUAGGUCUCUCCGUGUUUCAAGCUGCAGGAGACAGAGCCGGAUCCCACUGGGGCAUUGCAGCACUGUCAAUUUUCUUAAUCGUUUUAUUUGCUCAGUACCUGCGAAAAGUCUCUUUUCUCCUCCCUGGUUACAAAUGCGGGCAAGGAUGCGUUGUGUUCCGGGUCCAGAUCUUCAAGAUGUUCCCAAUCAUUCUUGCCAUUUUGAUGGUGUGGCUGCUGUGUUACAUUCUAACAGUGACCAAUGUAUUUCCUCGCGACCCUAACGCCUAUGGCUAUAAGGCCAGGACGGACUCGAGAGGAGAAAUCAUGUCAAUUGCCCCAUGGUUCCGCUUUCCCUAUCCUUGUCAGUGGGGGAUCCCAACAGUGACAGCAGCUGCAGUGCUGGGAAUGUUCAGUGCUACCUUGGCUGGGAUCAUUGAGUCGAUUGGCGAUUAUUAUGCCUGUGCUCGGCUUGCUGGAGCUCCUCCUCCACCUGUGCAUGCCAUUAACAGGGGCAUUUUUACAGAGGGAAUCUCUUGUAUAAUUGCUGGGUUGCUGGGCACUGGCAACGGUUCCACUUCUUCCAGCCCUAACAUUGGAGUCUUGGGCAUCACUAAGGUGGGCAGCAGAAGGGUAGUGCAGUAUGGUGCUGGGAUCAUGCUUAUUCUGGGCACGAUCGGCAAGUUCACGGCGCUGUUUGCUUCUCUCCCAGACCCCAUCCUUGGAGGAAUGUUCUGCACCCUAUUUGGCAUGAUCACAGCGGUGGGGCUGUCCAACUUGCAGUUUGUCGACAUGAACUCCUCCCGCAACCUUUUCGUUCUGGGCUUUGCAAUGUUUUUUGGGCUCACGCUUCCAAACUACUUGGAUUCCCACACAGAUGCCAUCAACACAGGCAUUGCUGAAAUAGACCAGAUAUUAACAGUGCUGUUAACCACAGAAAUGUUUGUUGGAGGCAGCAUUGCAUUCAUACUGGACAACACAAUUCCAGGGACUCAAGAGGAACGUGGCCUCAUACAGUGGAAAGCCGGAGCACAUGCUAACAGUGAAACGUCUAUAAAUCUGAAGAGUUAUGAUUUUCCAUUUGGGAUGGGAAUGGUUAAAAACAUUCACUGGUUGAAGUAUGUGCCAGUUUGUCCAGUUUUCAAGGGCUUUAAGUCAAAGCCAAAGACAGAUGACAGCACAUCAGAACACGUACCAAACAUGACCAACAUCCCCGUUGUAUGCUCAAGGGUGUGAAGAGACUCCUGUUAAGUGCUGUUGAGGAUCAAGCACCCAAAGAAAACAAGCGGUGGGAAGGAAAGUGUGUGAAAUUCCUGUAUAUUUCAAAUAUGUCCCAAUGAAGAGAGUACUCAGCAAGAGAGGAUUUAUGACCAAACUAUCUAAGAGGAUGUGUACUGCUUCUCUUGCACCAUUUUUUGCAACGGUUUAAGACAGUAGCUAAGAUUUAACCUGGAGAUGUUCUACAAACUGAAUGCUGCCAGGAAACAUUCACAGGAAGACUCCUUAUUUUGGAUGCUGCAUAUCUUAGGAGCUUAAAAGAAAUAUAUUUGUGCAUGAUACAAGUGACAGCGGUUUAACAAUUCAGCAGUCGUACAGUAAGGCUGUAUAUAUUCUCUGUUUUUUUUUUAAAUUUGGACUCCCAGUCAAAAUUAUGCAUAUAUAAUUGCCUUACAUAUUUUUAUUCUGCCUUUGUGAUUGAUGUUUGAGUAACUUGGACUUUGUGUGUGUGGCAAGAAUGGAUGAACAGACGGAAGGGGGCAGCCUGUUCAGUUGCAUUUUCAAGUUUCUCUUCAAAACCAUGAGGCGUGAACUUUUAUCUGCUGGUUUAUUAAAAAAGCAAUGCUCAAGACACGAAGUUCGGUUUCUGCUACCAAAUACUGUGUUGUUAUUGAGCACACCAAGAAAAACUCCAACUCAGCAAAAGGUUGCAGUCUUUGCUUCAUGCAUUCCAAUCCAAAAUGUGGGAUUUUUUUUUACAACGAUAACAUGAGCCACAGAAGACAUGGGCCUAGACGGCAAUAUGCAAAAACCAAUGCAAAGUACAGUUGGACUACAGCUCUUGCAAAAUGAAAGGUCAAGACCCAAACAGGGAUAUGCAUUUGGGGUCCAACUUUUGUUUGUAUAUAAACAAUUAAGAAUAACCUGUCCUACUGCACCAAUAAAACCUCAUGCCAAUA